UAAACAAACCCACAGUCCGUUUACCUCGCUUUACCGUGCAACAGAUUCCGAUCAUCAUCUUCAUCUCCUUUCUUCAUCUUCCUCUUCUUCUUCUUCUUCUUUUACUUCAUUCUUCCUUCCUUCCUUCCUUCCUUCCUUGCUUCCUUUCUUCCUUCUCGUAAACGUCGUCCCGAAAUCGCAGGUUUCAAUGGAUAUCGACGUCACCUGGUUAAAGCAACGUUGCAUCCUUUUCCCUCAUUUCCCCUCCUCUUCUUCUUCUUUCGUCUCUAUCUCUCUCUAUCUCUCUCUCUCUCUCUCUCUCUCUCGUCCUUAUCUUUCUUCCUAGCGCCAUCAACAAUCCUCUCCAACAUCUUAUCUAUCAUCGAUUUCCUUUUUCGAUCAACACGAUUCGCGAUUUUCCUCUGUCGUAUAAAGAAUGGGAAAGAAUAAACCAUAAGACAGAGACAGACAGAAAUAGAGAGAGAGAGAGAGAGAGAAAGAGAGAGAGAGAGAGAGAGAGAGAGAGCCUACUUUGAACGAACUGGAAUUCCAAGGUGAAAAUGAACGAGGAUCGCACGAGAACGUAAUACGUGAGUGGGGGAACGAAAGUGGAAUGAGGGGUAGGGGGGAAUCAUGAAGGGGUUUCAUGAAGAAGGAAGAGCCGACGAAAAAAGGAAAGAAAAGAAGGAGGAAAGAAAAAAAACCAACCAAAUUAAACUUGUUCGCAAAGCGGCAGCGGCAACGGCAGCAGUCUCAAGGAAGGAAGAAAAGAAGAAUGGUAGUAAUACUUAUAUCCCAUACUUAACGAUUUCAAUAAUAAUCGCAACGAGCUUAACCAAACACAACAAUAACAAUAAUAACAACAACAACAACAAUGACAACAACAACAACAAUAAGAACAACAACAACAUCAACAACACCAACAGUAGGAGCAAUAACCACGAUGGAAUCCGAACGAGGAAGAAAAAGACACAACGUUUUAACGAUUGUCUUUUUAAAAUUAUUAAAAUCUGGGCCGUAUGGGUCGUGGAUGCACAAAGCAGGCCUUGUAAAAGGGAUCCGUGAAGAAGACGACUUACCGUUCCACAGUAGAAAUUCCAGAAAAGCGUCACUGUUCCGAUGUGUGAAAGAAGUUAUACGUCUCGUGCGCCAUCGCUAUAAUACUCGACAGGGUUAAAGAAUUUCUCCCCUUUUAUAAAUGUUACCAAUGUAUCCUAAUGCGAACGUAUAUGUAUGAUGAACGCGCGAAUACGUGCACCAAUGAAAUUAAAGUAACAUUGAACGACAUUAAAACACGCGACAAACGACAUAGAUAGAAUGAGAUAUUAGAAAUAAUAUAUAUAUAAUUUGACGCAAUGAAAAAAGUCGUAGAUAAUAGUGCACAUUGACAAAUACGAUCUAUAUAUACAUAUAUAUAUAUAUAUGUAUAUAUCUCAUUCGUAUAAAUUUAUUUAAUUGUUUUAUUGAUUCGAUCUAACCGAGUAAUUCGAUAACAACGAUCAACGAUAACAUGAUUACUAAUAAAACUAUGACGAUG